AUGGACAUAGACGAAGCAGAGGAUGCUAAUUCUCCUCACACUGGUGACCGUGCUGCGGCCUUGCUCAUCUUCCCAGUUUCCUGGGGGCAGUGGCAGUCUGCCUGCGAAAACACAGGCUGCGAGCAAGAUGCAUGUUGCCCAGAUGGCUACUACUGGGUGUCUUCCGCCGACUGUGAGUUCUUCAGCUUCAUGAAUGGCAAUCAGAUAGAGACCUGCAACGAGUGUCGGAGCUGCGGCAGUGGCCAGUAUCUGCUCUCGUGCGGCUCAGGGAGUUCCGGGACCUGCUACGACUGCGGGGCAGGAUUUGCCAAGUCGGGUACCGACAAGGCCCGGUACUGCGAGGCUUGUGAAGCCGGGCGGAGCUCCGGGCGAGGCGCCCAGAGCUGUUCGCAAUGUGUCGCUGGGACCUAUCAGCCGUAUUUGGCAAUGAGCUUCUGCUUCACCUGCAACGCUGGAUUCUCUAGCACUGCCGGGCAGACCUCGUGCUACCAGUGCCCGGCCGGUAGCUUUGCAGAAGCCGGAGACGGCAGCUGUGAGCAGUGCGCCCUGGGUCGCUUCGCCGGGGCUGCGGGCUCCAGCUCGUGCAAUGACUGCUCAGGGGGCUUCUAUGCAGAUAGCACCGGGAAGACGCAGUGCUCGCCUUGUAGCGCCGGGACUUCUUCGCGGGAAGGAGCUGCAAGCUGCCUUGACUGUGGGCCUGGCGAGUUUGCGGCGAUGUCGGCCAGUAGCAGAUGUGUACUUUGCGAAGAGGGCUACUUUGCCCAGAAUUUCCGGUCCACUGCUUGCGACCCCUGCCCAGAGGGCACGUAUGCGGCCUCUGAAGGCGCCGCUUCCUGUCUGGAUUGUGUACCUGGACGUUUCAAUGCGCUCACUGCGCAGUUGGGGUGCACUGCUUGCCCACCAGGUGAAUUUGCCAAUGUCUCCGGCAUGAGCGAGUGCAACGUCUGUGGCAGCGGCAGCUACUCUCUGGGUGAAGCCUCUAACUGCAGCCUCUGUCCGGAGGGGCAGUUCAACCCGCUGGAUCGGCAGAGCAGCUGCACGCCUUGUCCGGCAGGGUCGUACGGCGAGGAGAGGUUGGGAGCCGAAUCGAUGCGCAGCUGCUCUCCUUGCCCCAGGGGUACUGCCAACCCGAACUUGGGAAGUGCUGGCAACAGCAGCUGCGUCGACUGUGCUGCCGGGAGGUACUCCGCGAAUCUUUCUGCAGCAGUCUGCACCGAAUGUCCAGAAGGUCGCUUUAGCGACUCAUCGGGCGCCACGGACGAUGCCGAUUGCAACGCCUGCCCCGCUGGAACCUAUAGCAACUCCACUGGCGCUGCCUCGCUGAGCGAGUGCAACCCAUGUGCAGCCGGCACCUUCAGUGAGGAGAAUGGCGUGACAGAGUGCAGCGACUGCGAGGCUGGUCGCUACAGUGCCGCCAUCGGGGCAAACACCUCGGGCACUUGCGAUGCCUGCGUGCCAGGAAGGUUCAGCGUGGUUCCUGCAGCCACAAGCGCAGCUCAAUGCCAGCCUUGCGCCCCUGGCCGCUACAACCAGAUCUUCGGUGCAACAGCAUGUGAGGAUUGUGGACCAGGCACUUGGAGUUCCGCGGCUGCGGCAGCUGAUAAUGCCACCUGCCAGGCCUGCCCACUUGGACGUUUCUCGGUCUCCUCUGGUGGCAGCGAGCUAGGCUCUUGCCUGCUUUGCCUCGAGGGCACCUGGAGCGACGCCCUCGGGGCGACGCGCUGCAUCGACUGCUUGGCAGGGCAGUGGAGCAAUGCGACGGGAGCCAGCGAGGACUUGUGCAAGAACUGCUCCGCAGGCCGCUACGGCACCUUUGAAGGGGCCAACAGCGAGGAUAACUGCACGUUAUGUCCGCCUGGGCGCUGGGGUGUGGAGGGGCUGGAAGCCUGCCUCUUGUCUUCAGUGCUCUAG